AUGUGGCCCAGCGAGCCCCAACUGGUAGUGGGUUACGUGCGUCUGUUGGGCCAAUUGGGUAACCCGUGUUGGGAAAUAUUAAUUGGCGAUAGCGAGCCAACGGCUGCACAUACAUGCGGGACACGUCAAUUUCUGUACUCCGAAGAUUUCCCCGGAUGCCCCUAUCACCCCCGGUAUAGGGGCGAACGACCAGAUAUUUUCAGAUCUAGUAAUUGUCAAGUCCACGUUUCAAGGCUGCGGAAGCAUCCAAAUAAGACGACGAUGUAG